AACCUGCAAAAACAAAUAUCUUGAUCAAGAGAAACGAUAUCAGUUGACUUUUGAAGAAGCUAAAUUGGUACGUCGUCUCCACGAAGAAGCCUCUCGAGCCGGCGGCUGGCUACGCUUACUUCCCAACGCCGAAAUGUGGGAGCAAUAUGCGUGCCUCUGGCAGACAUCUAAUCUGUCGCAACCCCUAUCUUCCCCACCUUCUACUCAAACAGGCGUUGUUGGGCCGGGCCAACAGAGUACCACUGACUUCAAUAGCUUGAGUGCAUGUGCCAGUCAUGCUAUGACAUUCCCUAGCUCAGUUGGGCAUGCUGCUGCUGGUCGGCGAAGAAGUAGUGCUGGCCGAAUAGGUGCAUCGAGCCGGCUUGACACUAAUUGUCUUACUUCAAAUUCACUAUCCUCUAUUGCGAUGGCCUCUACCGCAGUAACCGCAAUGUUGAUUGCCAGCCAUCAUUCUCUAAUGAGCCUCUACCAAAAAUCAGAGGUAAAUGGCAAAAUGCAGACUCUCCGAGGUAAUGAAACUAGUAAAACCAACCAAGCCACUGGUGAAGUACCAGUGACAACAAGUGAAUAUGAUUCGACCGGUUCCACUACGCUCACUCUUUUCUCCGGCUAUAUUCACCCCAACUCAUGUCUACCACCAGUUGAUCCAGGCCUGCAUAUUGGCCUGACCCCAACCCCAACCGAGCAACUCUUCUCUGUUGCUUCUUCCUUGGCCCUUGUUGGGCCUGUCUCUUCUCCUGCAGCAGUUGGUCGGAUCCGGCUACCGUUGCACAGCCUCUCACCUGAAGCUACCAGAUGCGCAUUAGCCAGUUUUGUUGGCAUAGCUGGACAGGGAUGCUUCAGCGUAGAACAGGCUCGCCGCGUAGGUAUCUGCUACACCCAAACCCUCGGACGCUUGCCCUUCUAUCUGCGAAAGAUAGGAGCUCACCCUACGACUGUUUACGGCGUUUGUCUCAUUCCAGGAUGCCUUCACAAGCACUGCGAAUCCCCAAUUUUUGGUGUUGAGUGCGGUCUCCAUUUGAUUCGUUCAGUUCCUUCCAAAACUCCCAGCUUCCAUGAAAAGGAGCAUUGCCCACAAACUAUUUUAGAUGCAAGCCAACCCGUUUUAGAGAAAACAUCAAGAUCUUCUUCAACAAGAACACAAAUACCGACGCAUCUGAACCCGUCUCUAUCUGCUCGACUAGAUAAUUAUUUGUCCUUGGAAGAGGCUCGUUCCCUAUCUCGUUCUCAAGCUAGAUAUGCAUUCGCCGCCUAUCUUUCGCGUGUCCAAUGUCGUUUAAUUGCGGAAACAUUAGAUGAGGAAAUCCCAAAUAAAAGUGAUGGUCAAGCUCUCAUUAAAGCUAAUGAACAAAUUGAUCUUAUGUUACGAUUUUUAAAAAAAGCAUCAGUGAAUCUCUCGCCAUCCGCUGUGAGAGCCAUAAGUUUGGAUUCUUUCCAGCCCAAUCUGAUAAAGGCAUCUAGCUCCGGAGUUCUAACAAUUUCACCUGUUGAUGCAUCAUUAACUCUGAAAGAGCGAAGGCUGCAUCUAGCCCAGAUAAUGGAAAAUUUUAUUCGAAUUUAUGAUUAUGAGACGUCUUUAGGAGUAGAUGACGAAUCUUGGUCAAAAUCUACCAGCCUCAAUAUUGCAGUUGAUCAGACGCGAUUUUGGAACUUUCUUAAAGAUGCAGACGAGCAUCACCUUGACAAGAUAUUAUCAUACUACACUCGGAUUAAUAAAUGUAUCAGCGUAUUUAUAGGCCGAAAAGUUGAACCGGAGCAUAAUUCCUCAAAAGGCUCAGAGUCUAGUUCUUCUUUUAAAGAAGAACCUGAUAGUGGUUACAGUUCUCUUAAAAGACCUAAAGAGUACCAACCGGAAAGAUCUACUCCGCUAAGAGACAAGGAGAUUUCUGUUCCCAAUCAAAUGAUCUCACAUAAAUCUACGUUGGUGGAAAAGGCUUUCGAACUUCCCAAUACAAGUGGGAAAUCGGGAGUGGUGAUAGCUUGGCCCGAUGAGUCUGAUGCUGUAUGCAGCUCAUCCCCUGGAAAGGGAGAUCGGAGCACUGCGAAAAGUUGUUCACUUGCAAUUCAUAAGGCUCUGAUGCGUCUUUCUCUUCGACAAAGGACAGACCAUGCCUCUGAAUCACACUCCUCUACCAUAGACAGGACUUCAUCUAACUCUGUGAAUGCUUUGCAUUUUGAGUGCCCCCAAGCACGAAAUAUUUUGUUUUCAGGAGAA